AAAAAAGGUACACAUCCACAGCUCUUUGGUUCAAUCUUAAUAAACUAUGGCGUCGUCUAAAAAGAGCAAACUAAAUGCCAAACAUGAUUACAAACAACUUCUCGAAGAGAAAACCCAAAGUCUUGUCCAAAAGAACACACAAGCAACGACGACGACAGGUGUAUUCGCCGCCACGGAAAAUGAAGACUUCGAAGAAGUGUACGAAGGUCCAGACACCAGUGGCGCGGCCUAUUUGUGGCUGUUGUUUUUCAGCACCCUGAUGUUCACUUUGCCAUUUCUGACCUUCUAUGCUGUCAAGCAUUGGCUGGAAAACUCUUUUGGAGUAACAGCAUUCGAGAACAACUGCAUUUCAGUAUUCUCAGCGGUGAUCGUGGUCAAUCUUAUAAUUUGUUUAUAUGUUAUCAAGGCGUUCCGUGAGGACACGCAACCUCUAGUUGUACGAAAGAAGAAUAAAUAAAUAGAAUGCACACUUCUAUUUUUGUGCCAAAUAACAAAAACAUA